UUAUACCCAACGCACCGGAGCUCCCAAACUCAAAUCCCCCCAUUCCCAUUUCAACCUUCUUCCUUCUUUACCCUUCCAAUGGCGAUGCCUAAGUUUGCUGCUCUCUUGCUCUUGGCCCUCAUUGCCCUUUCCAUGCUUCAGACCACUGUCAUGGCCGGCAGCGGUGGUCGAAACAGGAACCCUUACGGACCAGGGAGCGUCAAAUCCUUCCAAUGCCCAAAUCGAUGUGCUACUCGAUGUGGAAGAACACAGUACCACAAACCAUGCAUGUUCUUCUGCCAAAAGUGCUGCAGGAAGUGCUUGUGUGUGCCGCCUGGCUACUAUGGAAACAAAGCCGUUUGCCCUUGCUACAACAACUGGAAGACAAAGGAAGGAGGACCCAAAUGCCCUUAAAAAAAAAAACCCAAUUCAUUUCUCCUUUUAUUACUUUUUGCAUUUUGCUGCUAACUCCAUCCCUUUUGUUAUGUUUUUGUUAUGAUUUUCUAUGUUGGAGAUGGGAAGAAAAAGAAAGAAGAGAGAAGAAAUUUGUUUUCCUAAGUGAUAUAGUGUAUUUUGGGUUACUUAUUAUAAGUUUAUAAUAUAUGAGCAAUUAAUGAAACAUCUUGUUUCUAAUUUA